AUAAAGUGUUCAGUCGCUAUAGUUUCCGUUGACGUUCACAUAAUUCGAUUCAACUGUUGUUUCUAUUCUCGUCUAAUUACCGCUCUACAUUCAGGAGUAAAUUCAACAACUGACGAGUUCAAUUCUGUUAUUCAAUUGAAUAAAUCAAAAACGAAAUUAUUGGUUGUACGUGGAACAAACGAGAUAACAACAAAAUACCAACCUCUCCUAUCUAAAUAUGGCAAAGUGUAUUUUUUUAUGUGCGAUGUGGCUUGUGCUAUCGCUCAUCACUGUCUUGCAUAUUUCCUUCACUCAUGGUGCCAACAAUACGACAGUGAUCAUUCAAACUAAAAAUUCAAAGAUCCUAGAAAAAUAUACAUGGACUUUUCUGGAUUGGGCUUAUCCAAAUGAUUGGAGACGAAUCCAAGCAAUAUUGACUGACGACUAUGUGCCCUUCAAUGGUGUUCCUACUGGCUUAGCGAUAUGGAGAAACAAAAUGUUUGUUACGGUACCAAGAUGGAAUACAGGAGUUCCAGCGACCCUGAAUUACAUAGACCUAAAGACUGCUGAAAAAUCAUCCCCACUGUUGAUACCUUAUCCUAGUUGGCAGACAAAUUCACUAGGCAGUUGCGGCAAAAACAUCGUUACGGCACAUAGAAUUCAGGUGGACAAGUGUAACCGUUUGUGGGUUCUUGACUUCGGUAACGCGGUUUUGGGAGACUCGCUGUAUGGAGUGUGUCCACCUGUACUGCACGUUAUUGAUCUGAAAACAGAUAAAUUUAUCAGGCAUCAUGUUCUACCGCAAAAUAGUUUACCUCGAUACAUGUUCAGAGCAAAUAUCGCCGUGGACGUCGAGUCCGAUACUUGUGACAACGUUUUUGCCUACAUGUGCGACGAGCAAGGAAUUGGUUUGACAGUUUAUGAUUGGGCUAAAAAUACUUCGUGGCAUCGGAAUUUCAUUUAUGCUCAUGGUAUGGACUACCAACCGAUUACAGCAGGCGUUUACGGUAUGACUCUUUCAACUGUUGCCAAAGACGGCUUCAAAACUUUACACUUUCAUCGGUUCAAUGGCAACAAGGAAUUUGGUGUUCGCACGAACAUCUUGAAAGAUCAAAAACUUAUGGAUGAUCAGUUGGGCUCGUCACAGAUCCCGAUUAGGACAUUCCCUGGCCAAUCGACGUCCGAAGUCAUCGACGAUAACGGCGUUAUGUUGUACACCAUGAACGACCAUAAUGCUAUCGGUUGCUGGAAUACCGCACUUCCUCAUCUUUCGAUGAAUUAUACUAUUGUUGCCAAAGACGAUAAAGCGUUGGCUUAUCCGGAUGACAUUGUUAUUGGGAGCGGUUUCGUUUGGAUCCUCUCGAAUUCCUUACCAUUUUAUGCGGCUUCCUUGCUAAAUGAGACUGACAUUAAUUUUAGAAUUUCGGCAAUCGCGUAUCCAGAAGUGAUCGAGGAUACACUUUGUCAACCUACGUAACCAAUCAGAAUGCAGUCCGAAUCAGCAGUACAUUAUAUUUGUUCUAGGUUUGAAGGUUUUAUUUCUGAGCUAUCAAGCCCUGAUGAUUUGUAACGUUUACGUAAUAGUCCGGGAGGUAGCGUUGCAACUCAGUGUUUUUACGCUAACCGAUUGUCAUUUUUUUCAAUCAAUCUCGAAAGGCUAAUAAGUGAAGCUGGAGUCAGCUGACGCACCCACGGUAGAUGUGGGAUGUGACAAGUUGCGGAAGUGGCAAACAAAAAAAUAGAGUAAUAGUACAUCGGCUGAAACUUUGUUGAAUCAUUGAUAUCUCAAAAAGUUGAAAAUAACUCGCGUUUUUUUGCCCUGCGCCCAGUCGGGAGGUGAAAAUGGUCAGCUGCAUUGUGGGUAGAGGAUUAUGGGUCAGAUGUUGGAAAUUAAGCCUAAACUAAAUAAAAACGCUUGAGUGUGCAGAAUUGGUUGAGCGGCGGAGGGGUGGGGGGGUCGAACAGCAGCGCGGGGAAGAGGCGCUGAGCACAUUCAUGUUACUGUAUAUUUGCCUUCCCGCAGCUGCUGUUCGACCCCCACCACUCGACCAAUUCCACGCAUUCAACCGUUUUAGCUCAGUUUGCGCCUAUUUUUUAGCAGCUGACUUGCAAUCCCCCAUCUGCAAUGCAUUUUUUUUAAAUUAUUGAGAUGUCAUUUAUUCAUGUUUCAGCCGGCGUACUAUCGCUUUAUUUUUCAUUUUUUACCACUUCCGUAACCUCUCACACCCACACCCACCGAUAGUUGAUCAGCGGUCCUCUUUUUAGUCGUGUGAGAUCAACUAUCAAUGUCAAUAUUAACCGGUUUACUAUGAAUUUUUCAAAUGGAUCGUUAUCUCCUGGAUUAUAAUGACAAUAAUACACUGAAGCAUUAUACAACACGUGAAAGACGCAUACGUUUUUAAUGGCAUAUUUGUGUAAAUAAAUUCUAUCAUCACGUCCGGUAUGGUCACAAUUCAUGAUUGAGUGAUGAUGAGUGAUCUUUCAUAGAGGUAACAAUAGGAUGCUGGGAGCCAUUGUUGCAAAAGCCGUAGCUCAAAUAUUAAGUUAUAAUUCUAUUAUUAUUAUAUUUAUGUAUUCAAUUCGUUCUACAAAGAAAAAUACACGAUAUGAUAAAUUUGAUA